UGUGUGUAUGUGUGUUGAAUGUAAUUCCCGGUCGUCGCUGCUCCUUCAAUGACUUGCACCGACUCUCACUUCUCCAGCUACCUCUCCCUCCACCGGCGGCAUCCAGGAAACUGAACCGCUCCGUAUGUGAAAGAACAGGAAAGCGACUCCUCUUCCUAACAGACAAAUCUGAAGCCUGCACAUUUAUCGGAGUGUGUGGGAGCGUCAUGUGGAGGAAGGCUUCAGUAGCGGCCCUUCUGGCGUUAGCUGUUGGCUACUUCUACCAUGGUGGCCCAGACCUGCCAGAGCAGAUUCUGCAGUAUAUCAGCCUGCCAAUCUUUCAGUCAUCAUCUCACAGUCUCACCAGUCAGAACAGCCUGGAGCAGGUGAUUUCUGCUGCCUGGGAGACUUUGAUAACUUUACCUACCCGGCAGUGGAGCAAAGUGGCCGUAGGUGUAAAUGCCUGCGUCGAUGUGGUCGUCUCUGGAGUGGGACUGCUGCAGGCUCUGGCUGUGGACCCUGGCACUGGCCUGGAUCACGAAGUGUUGCACUCCAAAGAGGACUUGAAGGAAGCCUUCAUCCAUUACAUGGGGCGUGGAGCAGCUGCCGAGCGCUUCUUCACCAACAAAGAGGUCUUUCAGAGGAUUGCACGUGCAGCAGCAGAAUACCCCGGUGCGAAGCUGUAUGUGGGAGGGAACGCUGCCCUCAUUGGUCAGAAGCUCGCCACCUACCCUGAUCUGAUGGUUUUGUUGUGUGGGCCAGUUGGUCCUAAACUCCAUGAGAUGCUGGAUGAGCAGAUAGUUGUUCCCCCGGAUUCUCUCCAGGAGGUGGAUGAAUUUCACCUCAUCCUGGAGUAUAAAGCAGGUGAACAGUGGGGUUCAACUCAGGCACCUCAAGCCAACCGCUUCAUCUUCUCCCACGACAUGUCCAACGGGGAGAUGAGUUCACUUGAGACGUUUGUGGCGAGUCUGGAGGAGUUUCAGCCUGACCUGGUCGUGCUGUCGGGGCUCCACAUGAUGGAGGGUCAGGGCAGAGACGUGUGGGAGGAUCGACUGAAAGAGGCUGUGUCAGCCAUAUCUGACAUUCGUAAAGAUAUUCCCAUCCACCUGGAGCUGGCGAGCAUGACUGACAAAGACUACAUGAACAGCAUCAUGCAGGAGCAGGUUAUGCCCAUCGUCAGCUCCAUUGGGCUGAACGAGCAGGAGCUGCUCUUCCUCUCUCAGGCUGGUGAGGGGCCUCAUGCAGAUUUGGCUGCCUGGAAAAGCAUCCCGGACGUGGGCCGGGUCAGCGACAUCCUCCUCUGGAUCCUGGAGGAGCACGGCCGCAGCGACCCGUCGUCGGAGGCGGACCUCACUCGCAUUCACUUCCACACGCUGGCCUACCACAUCCUGGCCACAGUGGAUGGUUACUGGGGGAACCAGGCAGCAGCAGUCAUGGCAGGUGCACGAGUGGCCAGCAGCCAGGCCUGUGGUCUCCAGUCUGUUGACGUUAGCAAAGUGGAGCUCAAAGCCCCAGUAGAGUUUGACAGCUCACACUUUGAGCCACGAGAGAAGUUGUCCCUGAACCCAGCAGAUCCUGUUACAAUGUGGCGUCGUGGAAACGUCACCUUCCACCUCACACCGGUGCUGGUCUGCAAACAGCCGCUUCGGACAGUUGGGCUCGGGGACGCCAUCUCAGCAGAAGGACUAGUUUACUCAGAGUUAAAGACGCAGCAGCCCUUCUGAGGCUUGCUUCACUCCCUCUUUGACUGUAAAAUGUUGAUGGGAUGUGCUGAAAAGACCCAGUGAAGUCCCACCUGCAGCUGUGGCUGUUGGGUUGGAGUCACGUUUCUGAACCAGUUCAAAACCUCUGUGUCCCGAACCAGGUUCUGCGUCGCCUUUCCUAACACUCCUGAGUUUAAAAAUGUGAUCAGCGGCGACAGUUUUAAAUCCUGCCUGAUGACUCCUCCAGCCUGCUUCGCUCUCUUGUGUCCUCCCUCCUUAAAUCCUCCGGCGGACGCAGAAACUGAGGCAGAACUUCCACAGAACUGGAUCUGACUGGGCUGUGAGGCGGCCUGACUCUAUGCACUGUGCACAGAUCAAAGCCAUCUUCACAAACUUCAAAGAGUUUUGUUGGCUCACUUAAUUUACUUUGACCUGCAUAUCUUCAGUAUGCUGUGCCUUGAGAAAAUAGAAUUUAAAUAUUAUAAUUAAAUAUUUUAUUCCUCUUUCAGAGCCAAACAAACUUAGAAUCAAGCUUCACAUCAGUCAUCCCUCUGAGAUAUAUAAACACACAUAUAUAAUUAUGUCUGACUGGGAACUGUUGAGUGUCUUACUAUAUGGUAGAAUCCAAGUGGUAUUCUUGAUGUUCUUUGUUUCUUCCUGUACAUUCACAUCAAAUAGUAACUAGAACACUUGAACGUUCAUUCUCCCGUGGGCAUCUGACUUACCUAGAUAUACUUGACAUUUUUGUUACUCGUCCUGAGAGGAUAAAAAUACUGGACAGUGUGACAGCGUUUGUUUUCUCAGUUUUGUUUUGUUUUUUGGUCCAAACACUCCCACUAUAAAGAUGUUUCAGAUCUCUGUUGCUUCCUCUAUGUUAUAAAUUCCUGUUGCAGAGAGUUUAUUCAUUUUUCAUCAGAUAAUGAAAUGUUAUACGUUUAACGGCAACUUCAAGUAUGAUUUUGAAGGGGCUCCUUCUUUAUGCAGUAAAGUUCUGUUCACAAUCACAUGCCAGCUAAUGUAAAGAGUCAGUUGGCAAUAAAUUAAGUUAAAGAUUAAAUUUCAAAAUGUGGUGUAGGUGGUACAUUAUCAAGGUUACUGUACUUUUUUGCUUCCUGUUUUGUUCGACUUUUCAGGUACUGCUUUCCCUCAGUUCUAAAAUGUGAUGAUGUGACGUGAUUGGCUGGGAAACCUUAAAAGCUUCCAGUGCAGCAAACUGCAAGAAAAGCUUCCUGAUUCAAAUUCUAGCAUAUAAGUAAAUUAUGCUUUUUUUCAUGGGUUGGUUGUUGUUUUAUUUGUAAACUUAUUUGGAAAUGCCUGCAUCAUGUUAGAUGUACAGUGUGUAACUAUCAGAACAAUGUGUUUGUAUACCUCAAAUGGCCACUGAAGGCAUGCAAUAAUAAUGGAGUCUUAAUGCAAACAUACAACAAAAAGAUGAUGUAUGGCAUUUAGCAGAAUUAAUUCUUUGCACUAGUAGGAAGUGGCAGGUGUGCCCGCAAAGGUGAAUGUAACCUUAACUCCAAACCCCCCCUUUUUUAGCAAGUACAAUCUAUUCAACUUUACUCAUUUCAUAAUUUGUGUCUCAUGUUUUUAACAUUUGUCAACAAGUUUCAUUUACUUGUAGUACGUCAUUAAAAUGUGUA